GGAAGUCAGUGCCUAGUAGUUCAGAAACAAGAAGUUAUUUCAUUGUUUUUGUUGCAGAUAGAAUGUAUUCUAUGUGAUGUUAGGCUAUAAACGAUUAUUCAACCUAUACCUCACAAACUCAAUUUGGAAAAGCUUUUUUUCAGCGCGUUGUUUGAGACGGUAUACAUGCGUCACGCGAGAUGUAAACAAACAGCAGGGUAACAGAUUGACACGAGUUUUGAUUGUUGUUUUUCAUUUAUCAUGUGUCUCUACUGCGGCCAUGCAAUCGAUCUGCACUUUAAAUAGGCAGUUGCAAUGUUUGAAACGUUUUCUUGGAUAUAUUGUUGAUUGGGAUAAAGUAGCAAUGAGGAUGUUGAUAUUCUGUAGACUGGUUCAGCGUUGUUAAAAAAUUUGCAUCUAAAUGUGUGUAUGAUUGUACAUUUGAAGACUACAAUGACUGUGACCAUGAAGGCAAACAAGUCCUACAAGCUUGUGGUGCACAAGAAGGGCUUUGGGGGGAGUGACGAUGAGUUGAUGAUGAAUCCAAAGGUGUUCCCUCAGGUUAAACUGGGGGAUAUUGUUGAGAUUGCACAUCCAAAUGAUGAAUACAGUCCUCUCCUGUUGCAAGUCAAGAGUUUGAAAGAGGACCUGCAGAAAGAAACCAUCAGUGUAGAUCAGACAGUAGCUCAGGCCUUCAAGCUACGUGCCUACCAGGAUGUCAUCAUAAACAUUGUGGAUCCAAAGGAUGUGACUCUGGAUCUGGUGGAGCUGACUUUCAAAGAUCAGUAUAUUGGACGAGGAGACAUGUGGAGACUGAAGAAGAGCUUAGUGAGCACAUGUGCAUAUGUGACCCAGAAAGUAGAGUUCGCAGGCAUCAGGGCCCAGGCCAGUGAAUUGUGGGUUAAAGGAGAGAAGGUCACUUGUGGCUACAUUAGUGAAGAUACACGGGUGGUGUUCCGAUCCACAUCAGCGAUGGUUUACAUUUUCAUUCAAAUGAGCUGUGAGAUGUGGGACUUUGAUAUCUAUGGUGAUCUAUACUUUGAGAAAGCUGUCAAUGGUUUCCUUUCCGAUCUGUUUGCCAAAUGGAAAGAGAAAAACUGCAGCCAUGAGGUCACAGUAGUGUUGUUCUCUCGUACCUUCUACUCCACCAAAACACUGGAAGAGUUCCCAGAAGCCCAGAGAGCCUCCGCGAGACAAGACCAUGAAGGACGUUAUUAUGAAGAUUUCUACAGGGUGGUGGCCCAGAAUGAAAGACGUGAUGAGUGGACAUCUCUGCUCAUCACCAUUAAGAAGCUUUUUAUCCAGUAUCCUGUGCUGGUGCGUCUUAAAGGAGCAGAUGGAUUCCAUUGUGGCCAGAAUUCCACAGCUGCUCAGGGAAAUUAUCUUGAAGCCAUCAACUUGUCAUUCAAUGUGUUUGAUAAGCACUACAUCAACCGGAACUUCGAUCGCACUGGUCAGAUGUCUGUAGUCAUCACUCCAGGAGUGGGUGUGUUUGAGGUGGACCGCUUGCUCAUGAUCCUCACCAAACAACGCAUGAUAGACAAUGGCAUUGGCGUAGAUCUUGUGUGUAUGGGAGAGCAGCCCCUCCACGCUGUUCCACUCUUUAAGUUACAUAACCGCACGGUGCCUGGAGACUCCAGAAUCGGAGAUGACUAUAACCUGCCUCACUGGAUCAACCACAGCUUUUACACUUCAAAGAGCCAAAACUCUUGCAGCUGUUUUACCCCUCGGAUCAAGCUGGCUGGACGGAAGGCUCAUGCUGAGAAAGCCAAAAACAUCAGAGAACAUGCUAUCUGUGCUCCCAAAGAUGAGAACAGCCUUCCCAUCCAGGUGGACUAUGAUGCCUAUGAUGCUCAGGUCUUCAGACUUCCUGGUCCCUCAAGAGCUCAGCGGUCCACCAACUUCAGGUCGAGUCGAGAGAGGGAAUCUGUCAGUAGGAAAAGCUGGGGCUCAGCUGAUGUCAGCGGAGGUCUAGCGGGUAACUCUCCCCCCACCAGACCCACCGGACUGGAGGAACAGAGGAGCCUGGCAUCAGACGACAGCCUGGGCCACAUCUCCAACAUCCUACUCAUCCCACGGCCAGUUCAGGGCCAGUACGAGAUCAGCAGCUCACUGGGUUACACCAGCUGUACAAGAGAGUUACUGGAGAAGAUGGUUGAAUCCCAAAGGGACUCCAGCGCUCCGGGCCGCUUCACUGUGGGCAGUGCUGAGUCCACCCUACAUGUCCGGCCGGGUGGUUACACGCCCCAGAGGGCCCUCAUCAACCCCUUCGCUCCCUCACGCAUGCCUAUGAAACUCACUUCCAAUCGGCGUCGCUGGAUGCACACCUUUCCCGUGGGUCCAUCUGGAGAGGCGAUCCAGAUCCACCACCAGACCAGACAGAACAUGGCAGAGCUGCAAGGCAGUGAACAGAGAGACCCGGCACGCACGUCCGCAGAAUUGCUAGAACUGGCCUAUCACGAGGCCACGGGAAGUAAGAGGACGUCAUCUCGUCACACAGGAGAGAAUGGACUGUACAUCACUGGAGGUUCUGACUGUGUCUCUGGAAGCCCAGCCAGUAGUAUCAGCACUGGAACACAAAUGAAUCGCAGUUCCUUUGAGGACUACUCCAGCAGUCCUGAUCCAAUCCUGCUGCUGUCUGCCCCUCCGAUAGUGCCUAGCUUCUGCUGUACAGUGGGGGUGGACUGGAAGUCCCUCACCACUCCUGCCUGCCUCCCCCUCACCACUGAUUAUUUUCCCGACCGCCAAACCCUGCAGAACGAUUACACAGAGGGCUGUUAUGACCUACUGCCCCACACUGACCUGGAGAGGCGUGAUGAUGAAGCUCCAGUGAUGAUGGCUUAUCAGGUGUUUGAGGAGUUCAUCUGUCAGAGGCUGAUGCAGGGCUACCAGAUCAUCGUACAGACCAAUAACCGAAAGCCACAGCCUGCUAUGGCCCCAGCCCUCAGCAGCAGCCCCCUUUAUUCCAGAGGGCUAGUGUCACGGCGUAAAGCAGAUGAGGAGGAGAGUCUGUACUGGCUCAGCAUGGGCAGAACAUUUCAUAAAGUCUGCCUUAAAGACAAGAUCAUUACUGUCACACGUUACCUCCCAAAGUAUCCAUAUGAAUCCACGCAGAUUCAGUACAGCUACAAUCUGUGCCCUCCUCAUGUAGAUGCCCACUUCCUGCCUUUCUGGGUUGAGUUCAGCCACGAGCGGUUGGAAGAGUACAAAUGGAACUAUCUGGACCAGUACAUCUGUUCUGCUGGCUCAGAGGACUUUAGUCUUAUUGACUCCCUGAAGUUCUGGCGUACACGCUUCCUUUUGCUGCCAGCGGGUGGAGCCAGGCGAGUGGCCGAUGGUGAGGGGCACUGGGACGUGUAUGGUGAGGGAAUGGGGGCAGGGCGGGAUGGCCUCUCUGGCAGUGGGGACUGGUCUCUUUUGGAUGGAUUUAUCCGCUUAUUGGAAGGCCUGAACAGGAUUCGUCGCCGGCAUCGAUCUGAUCGAAUUAUUCGUAAAGGAGCUACCAUUAAAGGCCUGCAGGUGACUGGAACCCUCUCAUCAUACACUCCGGAGCCUAUAGCACCCCCUGUGGGAAAAAAAGGCACCUCCGCCCUCUCUGCACUCUUGGAACUUGACCAGACCCAGAAGACUUUAGAAGAGCAGCAGCUUGCUGCACAGCAUGCCGGGAAACCAUGUGGCCCUUUCAGUGAAGCUGCCAACGUUGCCCUGACAACCACCUAUGUCGAUAGCCCCCGUAAGGAUGCUGCCUUCAUUUUGGACUUUAUUCGUAGUCCACGUUCCUCCUACAUCUGUCACUCUCAGCUGCCAUCCGAACAGAUUCCAGCCAAUCCUAUUGAUGGUGGGUUGACGGACAAAGGAAGCAACCAACCAGGUGAAAGAACAACAGCUACAUUUCAAGCCACAGGAGACCCAACCCCAGGAACUGGUUCAGAGGCCGGUGUGCAGUCAAGCUCCAGUGCACUGAGCCUCUCCUCAUCUUCCACACUGAUGGAGAUCCUGGAAGCCAUUAAGCAUCCCACCACUGGAGUGCAGCUCCUACCAGAGCAGAGAGGCCUGACGCCCAACUGCUUUGUCAGUGCUGAGGUUGUACACUGGCUGGUCAGCACUGUGGAAAAUGUGGCCACACAAGGGAUUGCUGUGGAAAUCAUGCAGAAGAUGCUGGAGGAAGGUCUAAUUACUCAUGCCUCUGGUGAUGCCAUGCGGACGUUUGUCUAUGGCUUCUACCUCUAUCGGAUUGUCGACAAAGACAGUGAAAAGGGUCCAACUACUCAGCUACCCCCAGCUGUAGCAAGUGUAUGGUCUGCAGCAGCUUUGGAGGACUUUGCCCUGUUCCAGAGGAAGUGGUUUGAGGUGGCCUUUGUCCUGGAGGAACGUCGGCCCUGUGACUUACCUGCCUUCCUGCUACCCUGGCUGCCGAGUCGGCCAGCCUCGUACGCAAGUAGGCAUAGCUCCUUCAGUCGCAGCUUCGGAGGACGCAGCCAGGCUGCUGCACUGCUAGCCGCCACAGUUCCUGAGCAGAAAACAGUCACCUUGGAUGUUGAUGUAAACAAUCGCAGUGAUCGGACAGAAUGGUGCAGUUGCUAUUACCAUGGCAACUUCUCCCUCAACACAGCCUUUGAGAUCAAGCUGCACUGGAUGGCUGUCACUGCUGCCGUACUCUUUGAAAUGGUGCAAGGCUGGCACAGGAAAGCGGCAUCUUGUGGCUUCCUGCUGGUACCUGUGUUGGAGGUGCCCUUUGCUCUGCCAUCAUACUUGUAUGGUGACCCUCUGCGUGCCCAGUUGUUUAUCCCUCUCAACAUCCAGUGCCUGCUAAAGGAGGGCAGCGAUAACCUGUUUGAGGGCUUUGAGCCAGAGACGUACUGGGACAGAAUGCAGCUAUUUCAGGAGGCUAUAAUCUAUAGAUUUGGCUUCGUUCAGGAUAAGUUCUCAGCAUCGGCUUUUAACUUUCCAUCAGAAAACAAACCACAGUAUAUCCAUUUAACAGGUACUGUUUUUCUUCAGCUACCUUACUCAAAAAGGAAAUACUCCAGUGGACAGCGGCGGCGCCGUAACUCCACUACCUCAGCAAAUCAGAGCUUGUUUGGCUCUGAGGAGCGGGUGGGCUACAAUUGGGCCUACAACACCAUGCUGACCAAAGCAUGGAGGACCGGCGUGCUGGGGGACGAGAAACUGGCAGACCGCCUGCUGCGUGAUUUCACUGAUUUUUGUGCCAACAAGGAUAAUCGACUGUUGACCUUCUGGGAGAGUUGUGUGGAGAAAAUGAAUGCCAGUGCCCCUUGAGAAAAGACACUGAAGGACAGAAAUAAAUACUGUUUCAGAGGAAAGCGAGAGAGUAUACCUGCUUUAAGAGCUAAUAUACUGCUGCUACCAUCUAAUCAGAAAGACAAAUAAAGCCAACAGCCUCAUCAUCAAACAUUCAAA